CUAUUCCUCGUUUAAGACACCUAUAAACAUCUAGCCUAUGAAGCUUAUAGUAUGGUUUAACAUCACUCCUAGAUUACAUCUAUUAUGUCGGAAAAAACUAAACAAGCACGGAUCCGUAAAACCUCAGCGUACCGCUAUGAUGAGACCACGGAAAAGGGGCAUCGUGACUCAAGGGUCCAUGUCGACCUGAACAACAACAACAGUGCCAAGAUUUCGAACCCCUUGGCGCACAUCCCCCGCGAGUAUCUUCUUGGUCAAGUCACGAGAUUCGCUGAGUGGCACGGCUUGACCGAAUACGUUCCGCUCAUGCGUAAGGGGGCCAUUCUCGCACAAGAUCCUACGAAUUUCGAGCAAAUCGAAGGCCCUGAAGCACUUGAAGCUGAUAAGAUCAAUGCUUUGAAAAAAGAAAUGGCUAACAAGUGGCGUGUGCCCUUGCUCCUUUACUUGACCAUCAUUACCUGCUCCAUAGGAGCAGCCGUUCAAGGCUGGGACCAGGAGGGCAGCAACGGGGCCAACUUAUCAUUCCCUAAGCAAUUCGGUAUUGGCGGGACCUCCGAUCACGAUGUACUGCUUGUCGGUCUCAUCAACGCGGCCCCUUAUAUCGGAUCCGCCCUCAUCGGUUGCUGGCUUUCGGACCCGUUGAACAACUUCUUUGGCCGGCGAGGGACCAUUUUUAUCUCGGCCAUCUUCUGUUUACUGACUCCCAUCGGCGGAGCUUUAACCCAGAAUUGGCAACAAUUCUUCAUCUCGAGAAUACUCCUCGGCAUCGGUAUGGGUAUAAAGGCUUCAACAGUACCGAUCUUCGCGGCCGAGAACAGUCCAGCCUCUAUCCGUGGUGCCCUAGUCAUGUCAUGGCAACUUUGGACUGCGUUUGGUAUCUUUCUCGGGUGUUCUGCGAACCUUGCUGUUGGUCAACUUGGUAACAUCGCCUGGAGGCUCCAAGUCGGCUCGGCUUUCAUCCCAGCAGUACCACUCACACUUCUCAUCCUUUUGUGUCCGGAAUCGCCACGAUGGUACAUCAAGAAGCGCAGGUAUCGGGAUGCCUUUAAUUCGCUUUUACGACUCCGUAAUCAUCCAAUCCAGGCCGCUCGAGAUCUUUAUGCCAUUCAUACCCAAGUAGAAAUCGAGCUGGAAGCUAUCGGUGACACAACUUAUAUCAAGCGACUAGUUCAGCUCUUCACGAUCCCUCGGGUUAGAAGAGCGACGCUUGCUUCAUUCGUAGUCAUGAUCGGCCAGCAGAUGUGUGGCAUCAAUAUCAUAGCCUUUUACUCGUCUACCGUCUUUAAAGAGGCAGGAACUUCUGAUUUCAACGCCCUCCUCGCCUCGUGGGGAUUCGGCUUGGUUAACUUCAUCUUUGCUUGGCCGGCCAUUUGGACGAUUGACACCUUCGGUCGCCGUGCUCUUCUUCUAUUUACAUUUCCCAACAUGGCAUGGUCUUUGUUGGCCUCCGGUCUCUGUACGCUUAUCCCUAAAACAUCACAACUGCAUGUGGGACUUGUGGCAUUGUUCGUCUACCUCUUUGCCGUUUUCUACUCCCCUGGCGAGGGACCCGUGCCCUUUACAUACAGCGCAGAGGUAUUUCCACUUUCCCACCGCGAGGUUGGCAUGUCUUGGGCCGUGGCCACUUGUCUCUUCUGGGCCGCCGUGCUGUCCAUUACGUUUCCAAAAAUCCUGGCAGCUCUUGGUGUACUCGGUUCCUUCUGUCUGUAUGCUGGAUUCAACGUUGCAGCCUUCAUCAUGAUCUUCCUCUGGAUGCCCGAAACGAAGCAACGCACCCUCGAGGAAUUAGAUUACGUCUUUGCUGUCCCUACGAGUGUAUUUAUCAAGUACAACACUACUAAGGUGGUUCCGUGGUGGUUCAGGCACUACAUCCUGUGGCAGCAUGACGCCACUUUAGAACCGCUCUAUCGUUUUGAUAUGCAAGAUGACCAUUCUUCUACUGGUACACCAAGCAUAGUGGUAGACGAUCACGAUCAUUCAGGUACUAUCAGUGACGCAGGGGCGACUAUCGAUACGAGGGAGUCUGAUAGGCCACAGGAAACAUCAGACAGCGCUAUCGCUACAGCUACGGGAGCUGAAGCUGUUACUAUAUUCUCUCAGGCAGAGGGGGAUGUGGCCGCUUUGCGUCGCUUUUCCUGGCACGGCUCGGGAACUCAUAGACACCCUACUACGGAUAGCCCAUACUCUACGUGAGGUAGGCAAAGUUGAAAAGAAGGUUUCAUCAUGAGGGUGACUCUACACUAUAGGUAUUCAGUACCUACCUACUAUGCAACUUGUACCCUUCUAUAUUGUACAAUACCUACAUGGUAGGAGAGAUACCUAGGUUGCGUUCCGCCGAGGUUGGCAUCCGUGUUCGUGGUGACUUGCAAUUAUCUAAGUUAGUUAAUUAGAC